AGCUGCUCUUCACAAACCGGAAUAAACCCAAGGCGAGUGUAGUUGGAGGGGGCUGAUAAAACUCACUCCCUACUGGAAUUCCUCCACCUAUUGAUCCAGGACGAGGAAAAACUACUUUUUUCCCCCCGAGUGGCGGUCCUGGGGCUGGACUAGACUAGUCGGACUUCUUUACACAGAUCCCGGUCGGGUGGCGGGUUUGAGCGGAUUAAGCUAAUAGGUUUCUGUCCUUCAGGUUUCAACUCCACACUUUAAUUUCUGCCCUCCGUGUCGGUUGUAGGUUCGAUAUCGUCCAUGUCAGGGAAGUGUUUGAGUCGCUAGCGAGAGCCGGAACUGGCACCGAGGAGUUGUAGGCGAGUUUGGGGCUGGAGCAGAGAUUAGCCGGGGAGCUCCGGGCUUCACCUGGCAACCACUUAAUAACUUGGCGUGUUUGUUUGUCCGCGCGUGCAUUCCUUUGGACCGGAAGCGUCUCCCAGGUAAUCACUGAGCCUUUAAAUCGCCUUUCGACUAAAAACAAAAGCAGACCUGAGUAACCAGUUCUCGUCUUUCUUGGGGUACGUGGCAUUUUCCUCUCCCUCUCUCCUUCUUCUUCUCUAUCUUUCUGCUUUUCUGAUCUGGCACGACGGAUAGCCAGCGAUGUCAUUUUGUAAUCUUCCUCUGUGCUCAGAUUUCACUGUGAGCUCCUGGACUCGGUCUGAGCGCUGUUAUGGUUAUAUUAGCUAACAUCAGCUCAGUCAAUCAGUUCAUCCGGCUGGAACAUUGACACUUGGGUUAGAUCAUAUUUGUACUAGAUUUAGAUAGGUAGCUAUAGUCUCUUUUUAUAUAUAUAUAUAUAUAUUCCUGAGUACAAAACCCAAACUGGUUUAGUAUUUAGCUAGCUAGUAUUGUGGGGGUUUUAUAUUGAUCUGUAAAUAAAUAAUAAGCAGUCACUUUACUGACUUGAGGGUUUCCUAGAUCUGCUCAUAUUACUGAGCUGUUAAGCUUUUUGGAGAGAAACUCGUCCAGCUGAUCAGUAGUCAGUGUUGAGGAGGAUCAUGUCAGGACAGAGCAUCACGGAUCGCAUCGCGGCUGCGCAGCACAGCAUGACCGGCUCCAGCAUCAGCAAAGCCGUGUGUAAGGCCACGACUCAUGAAGUGAGCGGCCCCAAGAAAAAACAUCUGGACUACCUGAUCCACUGCACCAAUGAGAUGAACGUGAACGUGCCGCAGCUGGCUGACACUCUGUUCGAGCGGACGGCCAGCAGCAGCUGGGUGGUGGUUUUCAAAGCCCUCAUUACCACACACCACCUAAUGAUGUAUGGCAAUGAGCGUUUCAUUCAGUACCUGGCCUCGAGAAACACUCUCUUCAAUCUGAACAAUUUCCUUGAUAAAGGUGCAUUGCAGGGCUACGACAUGUCCACCUUUAUCAGGCGCUACAGCCGCUAUCUGAACGAGAAGGCUCUGUCCUACCGGCUCGUAGCUGUCGACUUCACCAAGAUGAAAAGAGGUAUUGAUGGAGUGAUGCGCACCAUGAAUACAGAGAAGCUGAUCAAAACUCUGCCCAUUAUUCAGAACCAGCUGGAUGCUCUGCUCGACUUUCAGGCCAACCCUAACGAGCUCACCAAUGGUGUGAUCAACGCUGCCUUCAUGCUGCUUUUUAAAGACUCGAUCCGUCUGUUCGCCGCCUACAACGAAGGGGUCAUCAACCUGCUGGAAAAAUAUUUUGAUAUGAAGAAGAACCAGUGCAAAGACGCUUUGGACAUCUACAAAAAGUUCCUGUACAGGAUGACCAAGCUGUCAGAGUUUCUCAAAGUAGCAGAGCAAGUUGGGAUUGAUCAGGGUGACAUCCCAGAUCUCACUCAGGCUCCCAGCAGUCUGCUGGAGGCUUUGGAGCAGCACCUGGCCUCUCUGGAGGGCAAGAAGACUAAAGAGUUUUCUGCAGACAGCAGAGCCACCACUCUGUCCAGCGCCGUGUCGUCCCUCUCAAACACGGGCAUGUCCUUCACCCGGGUGGAUGAGAAGGAGAAACGGCAGGCUCUCGAGGAGGAACAGGCCAGACUGCAGGCUCUCAAGGACCAGCGCCUGAAAGAGAUUAACAUGCAGACUCCCUCUGCCUCGCCUGUUACUCAGUCUGCAAGCAGUGCCAACAACCACAGUGCGGCAGUGGAUCUGUUCUCCAACCACAACACCACCCCUGCCCCUGUCACCAACAGUGUGCCAAACCUCACCAGCGACCUGUUUGACCUCCAGCCAGCUUUCAUCCCUUCUGUGCAGAGCACUCCAUCCAUAUCCACAUCUAACAGUGCCUGGGGAGGUAUAGAGAGUGGCGUUCCCCAGCAGGCUGCUCAUGUUUCCACCAUGAAUGUAGAUUUUGAUGCAGUGUUUGGGACUGAAGGUGCCAAUAACGAUGUGAAACCAGCAGCUGGUGGGUUCGAUUCUCUAGGAGACCUGUUGAAGCCCACUUUACCAGCUCACAGUCAGGCUCCCAUGAUGCCCCCAUACACGGGAGGCAAGCUGCUGGCCAAUGACCUCGAUUCCUCCUUGGCCAACCUCGUGGGCAAUCUGCAGUUCAGUGGAUCAUCAGUCAAAAAACCAGACAUGCAGUGGACACAGCCUGGGGAGAAGAAAAUGACUGGCGGCACUAACUGGCAGUCCAAAACCAUGAGCAGCACGACUGGCUGGAGUCCUACCCCCAUGCCACCUGCACCCAUGCCUGUGCCACACAUGGCUCCUGCUCCCAUGACCUUCCCCAUGACCACACCUCAAGUGCCUGUGUAUGGAAUGGUCCCUCCUCAGAUGGGUCAGAUGGGAGGGGUUCCAGUGAUGACACCACAGCCCAUGAUGUACCAGCCUGUCAUCAGAUCCACCAACCCAUUUGCUCCAGUACCUGGAGCUCAGAUGCAGUUUAUGUAGUUGCGUUCGUGUAGCAGCGUGCCAAACAGGACAGCAGAAUGACCCACAGAACAACUCAAGCGGAGACACCAACCACCAUCGGAUUCAGGGAGCUGGAGGAAAAGUGGUGAUGCAUUUGGAGAGAGAGAGAGAGAAAUGCAGAAAGGACAAGUAAAGGAGAAGAACUUUUUUUAUUUUUGCCAAGACUCUUCACAUUAUUAUCUGACAUGACACUUUCUCUUUUACACACACACACCAAAACAGGGUAUCAGUUCUGCAUGUUGCUCUUUUUUUUUUUUUUAAAUUGUGGUUUUUUUUGUUGUUUUUCCUCUCCUCCCUUUUUCUUUCUUGUUUUUGGCUCGACAGUGUGUUUAUACAUCACAGGUUCAUUUGAUCAUGUCCUGAGGAUUGUGUUUUGGUGGAUCACUCACUCCUUUCUAAAUCAGGUUUCAUGUCUGGAGUGACGACGCUGCUUUGCUAUGUUCCCAAGAUGGCCCUGAGCACUGUGUUUGGGUUCGAGCUGGGUGUGGAGGCACGGGCAGGUCGCUGCUCUCCACCCAGGCUAGUCCUGUCUGGUUAGUCUCACUCUCGCAGCAUCAUUACACGUGUCACUGCUUUUCUUGAAUGAAUCAUUGAGCUCCUUGGUUCCAGUCGUGUUGCGAAGUAAACCAAAUUAGUUUAUAAUCUCCAGGUAAUUAUGAUGUUUGGCUUUCCCAGGCACUUUGAACUUCCUGUGUAUCCAUACACUGAGCUGGUCUCUGCAUGUUUGGAUGCGUUUUCAUUCACCAUUUUAACACCCUGAGUGAAUGUUGUUGGUGUGACAACCUUAAACCGUCCAGUAAUCAAUCGGUCCUGUGCUGGAAAGAAAUAUUGGCACCCCUUACGCUCACUCAGGCUCUUGCGCUGUUGAUUUUUGGAUGCGUUUCAUUCCUCCUGCCACUUCAGGAAAAUUUGUCGUUCCUUUGCACUUUUAGACGCAGUGUCUUAGUGUUGUAGUCGAACUAGUGCUCCCCACCCAUGCGUAUGAGAUUAGUGAGGUUAGACCUCCCUGUUUAAGCACUUAAACAUGCAACCUGUUCUAUCACUACUACUUCGGUUUUAUAUAAACAGGGUCUUGGCUUCAUGCGAAUACUGAUCGAAAGACACACAAUGCUCUUUUAAAUGUUGACAGACAAGGCUUUGUUUUAAGAAACAGGGCUCGGAAGUUUGAUAUCAUCUGUAUUUUGAGUAUUUAGAAUAUUUUUUCAAAUCUAAGGUAAACACUUGGUGUUUACGCUAACUGUUCACAUGGUGAACUUUUGACCUUUUGUACUCUAACUGCUACUGUAGAAAACAAGUUUUCCUCAGCAGAAAUGUUUUUUUCUCAACCAGAAGUAAAAUGCCCCACCCCAACAACAAAAAAAAAAAAUGUUAAAAGGCAGAAAAUGACAUUUUAAGAUUUCGUUCCGACUGCAGCACCAGCACACGGGUGAUGUUUUGACAGCCGGGAUCAGAUUACAAACUAAAUUUGAUUGAUUAGACUUAUGGCCGUUUUGCUCCAGCAUGCAACUUUUCCCAACAACUUGGAUCAAAUCAGUUUGUGAAACUGACUCCUUAUUGAAUAUCUUUUUUUUUUUUUUUUUUUUUCUUCUUCUUCUCCGGAAGAUGGCCAAGACGAGAUUAAAUAGUUUUGAUGAACCUUGUUUAUAGAGGUUCUACCAAUGUUACCGUACAUUUUUCAGCCCGGGGGGAGGGGAAACAUAAAGAUUUCUUUGCAUCUUUCUCUGAAACGAAUCCUGCUAUGAUUUUUAUUUUAAGCUGCCGCUAGAUAGUUUUGUCUUGUAUUUCAUGGAAGCUCGAAGAACAGGGCUUGCUUGUCUUGAGAUUCAUGUGUCACUUAUUUUCAUCUGCACGCCAUGAGUUCUUUAAACGAAAGCAUGCGUAGUUUACUCAAACAGCAUUCUGCAAUUAAAGCUGCCAAAUUAACAGUUGUGAUUUCAAUUUGCUGUGAACAUAUGCUAUCUCUUACACCUCCUCCCACUUUCCAGGCACGUAGCCAUGUUAGAAUAUUCUCUCUCUCUCUCUCGCCGUCUCUCUUUCUGUGGCUUUGGGGGAAGUGAAGAACUAUGUGCCAAGAUUAUUCAAAGGUAUUAGUGCCUGAUAUUUAUUGCCAAGUUUUCUUUCAUCUCUUGGAUCAAACAAAUAUAUCUGUAAAGUGCAAGUGUUGUCAUGGAAGCACUGGAAAAGACUGGUUUCCGUGGAAGAGGCAGCCGAUGUCUGUCUGAAGGGUUGGAUAUAUUUUUUGCUUUCUCUCUCUAGUCGCUGCAGUGAGUGUGAUGGCACGUGGGGUCAAACUCCAGCGCUAUUCCUGACUCUUCUGCCCUCUAGGUGAUGAUCGCUCCUUAUUUUAAUAAGCUCCUCUUAGUCACUUCUCAGGAGGAAAGGGGGGGGGGAGAGAGAAGCUGAGGCGGUAGGAAGUUUACAAGCUGCUGAGGCAUGAGCAGGAAUCGGUGUGUGGGAGCUCUCCUGGGGGUCACCCUGCCUUCACGGUAGCAAGCGAGAAGUACAUGUUUCACUCGAACACAUUAAUAAUAAAGGUGGCAAGAUUAAAUCAUCUCUGUCGUGAACUUGGACGUUUCUCUCCUUUACCCAUGAUUCACGGACUCUGAAGGGUCCAAGCAAGAAGAAGCCGCCUUUGUCACAAGCACAAUGAAAUUCCUCCUCUGCAUUUAACCCGUCUGAAGCAGUGAACACACGCACGUAUACCCAGAGCAGUGGGCAGCUAUGCUACAGCGCCCAGGGGAGCAGUCGGGGGUUAGGUUCCUUGCUCAAGGGCACUUCAGCCCAACCUCAGCCCAUGGCUGCACCAUGUUAACUUCACCGCAUGUCUUUGAACUGUGGUGGAAACCCACACAGAGAACAUGCAAACUCCACGCAAAGGCCCCUGGGCUCGAACCCAGAACCUUCUUGCUGUGAGGCAGCAGUGCUAACCACUACACCACCAUGCCGCCCAUUGAAAGGAGCCCGCCAUUGGCUGGGAGAGCUGACUGAACUCCUGAUGUCAUGAAGCAAUCAUGGGAUUAUUGAGAAUCCUUGGACUUGACAUCAAACAGGAUUCCAUCUUCAUUCAGGUCAUCAGUAUCUGAGUAAAUCUUCGUGUACAAACUAGUAAAAGAAUUGGGGGGGGGGGGGUUUCAUCAGACAACCUGCACCUUGGUUACAAAGCAUCAAGUCACCAAAUCCAAACGACUGGCUCCGGUAGAUUCCUCAGAACAAACAUAAUAUUGACUUUUUUCAGUGUUGGUGGACUGAACGAUUGGGUUAUGAUCGUUGACUGACUGUAAAGAACUGUCCGCUGGUCGUUUUGUCGCAUGGUGAGGACACCCUGACAUUGAUCAUCUCAUCACACUGAGACGGAUGUUUUUAAUAACAAAAAAAAACACGCAAACCAGUAAAAAAAAAUUUUUUUUUUAAAGGAGCCAAUUACACAAAUUCAAAACCAUUUUCCGGGAAUGUAGCAGAUGGAGAAAAGAUGAGCAGUGUGUGUUUCAGCAGCGUUUCCAUUUCCCACUGCUCUGCUUCUGUAUCUCCUCCUUUCAGCAUCUCGGUGAAACUCCGCCCUCACUGUCUGUAUGAGAUGUCGUGUGUCAAUAACUGCUCUCAAGAACAUUGCGGUGAUCUCCCACUCGUGUGCUGCUGAUCUGUUUGGCUUGUAUAACAAGAUGUGCUGAGGGCACAUGGGUAUUUCCUCAUCAUCCGUUUAGUGUGUGUGAGAGGAAGUCGCUCAUUCCGGGCCACAUGAACUUUUUCAUAAUAAUCUUCAGAACUAUUGAUGUUUUUUAAAGGAGCACUUUGUCAUUUUAGAGCCUUGUACAAUUGUAAUAAAAACCCUGACAAGCAUCCCUUACCCUUAAAUGUACCCUACCCCCUUGAGAGUUAUCUUCUAUAGGAAAAAAAGAAAAGGGCUGAGCACCUUUGCUAGGGGGCGGAGCUAAGUUCUGGGCCAGAAAAAUGCAAACGGAAGCCUGAAACAGAACAGAAAGUAGCAAUACAUACGUAUGUACAAUAGUGAAACAAACAUUUAAAAAAGGCAAUAUUGUGAGUGCUAGGUUUGGAAAUGGUGUUUUUAUUUCAGGGCCAGAAACACGCAAAUGGCUUCUUUAAAUAUUGGAGCGUGUUUUGGGAUUUUUAUCAUGUCACCUUGUUUUUCUAUCGAUCCGUUUUACUUGGUGUUUUUCAGGCUCUGAGUGCUCCUUUUCGGGGUGUGUAUGUGUUGUGUGAUAAGGUUUGUGUAUCUUGCACUUCAGGUUUUUUUCAGGUGAAAGUACUGAGAGCACAGUGUUGUGUUGAGGGGUUUUUUUUGGGGGGGGGGCAGUACAGUUAAAAGCAUGAGCUUAUCUGUAGUUUUGUUUGUUUUUUUGUCUAAGGAGAAAGGUGAAAUGAGAAUCAGGAAAAUGUCCAAAUGACCUUAUGUUCUGCUCGCUGCCCGUUCCAGCAUAACACAAGUCCCUGUGCACAGAGCGAGCUCCAUGAAGACUUGGUUUGCAAAGUUUGGUGUAGAAGAACUUAAGCCACUGAACACCUUCAGGAUGAAUUAGAACGCCAUAUUAAUGCUUGGUCGUGUCCACAUACUUAUGGUAUAGCAGAUGCACCAAGCGUUCGGUGGUGGUGGUGAUGAUAGUUAUCUUAUAUAGCACCUUUCUCAUCCCUGACGUUGCUUUACCAAAAAAAAGAGGAAUAAAAAGUCAAUAAAAUUCUUGCCCUAACAGUUAAGGGUUGUUGCAAAGUCCGACUUGGGCUGAGUGAGUAGCACUUGGUGCACUCCUGUUACUCUACUUCCCCCUAGUGGACAUGAGCAGAGUUGCAACACGUUUGCAGUUUUGCUUUGGGAUUUCACUCUGUGCUUACAAUGUGUAAUUUAGACAAAUCUAUUUACUAAAAGCUUUCAGUCGUCUCUGAAAGUGUAAAGCUGAAGGUGUUAGCGAGUGAGACGAACGCCACCUUUUGCUCUCCGUCCUGUGUGUGUGUGUGUGUGUGAUACGAGUGAGGCCUGUAGUUGUAGAUGAUGGCAGCUCGAGGUCGUCCAAACCUCCUGCACAUGGUGUGAAGCCCAGCUUUCAACCUGACCUCAGUGCUAAACCUUAAAACUCAGACAUGAGAGUUUUCCGGAGUCUGACUCUGGAGAGUUUAUCAUAUUUAUACAGGGCUCCUCUCACUUUGGUCAUCAGGACACCUUUUAAAGGGAAAAAGAAAAACCUGUGGUCAUUUUUGCCAGACCUUAUGCACAUGCACACAACUUUUUUUUUUUUUUUUUUCUCUCAAGUCUCCUGUGGUUUUUGGACUUUUUUUUUUUUUUUUCCUUUUUGCUGCCCAACAUAGUCAUGUAUAUACCCAUAACCUGCAAUGUUAACAUGUUAUCCCUUUUAUUUUGCUUCUGAACUGGAGAUAAUUGCCUCAUAUAUAGAUAGAUAGAUAAAUAUAUAUACACACACACACACACACUGUCUGUGUAAGCACCGGGGUGGAAGGAUGAAAUUAUAGUCAUAUCGAUGCCAAAUGAGUGGAAGUGUGAGUGGAGAAACCCCUCUGUACAUUGUUUUUCUAUUUAUUUAUGCAGAAUAUAAAGAUUUUAAUCUGCAUGGUAAAUACAUAUAACAUGAAAUCAUGGAAGUUUUUGUUCAUUUUUCAUUUUACUACUUCAUUCUUUCAGUUUUUACCAAAAGAAAUAAAGUCACUCUCCUUUCUAAAUUGCUUUUCUCGUCUUUCAUUUCAACUAUAAGUUCACAGCCGUUAUCCAUCUACCGUACACUUCAGUGUUGGACAUGAUGGGUGUUUGUGGAAAAGCACUGCCUGGAGCACAUCUUAGGAUAUGAUGUGGAGGGGUAAAGCAGCUCAUCCAGCACUUUCUUCAUCAAGUUAUCACUUGAGAUGUUUUCUGGUCUUCCUACAGUCCAUUCUGUGUGUGUGUGUUGAGAUUCCUGGACGACAGGUGCUUAUGAAAGCUGAAGGUGCGAUGCAGCUGCUUCUGUUCAACCCUCGUCUCCUUUUUAUUUCCCGUGCAAUGACUCAAUUCAGGACCAAGAAGUGUGAUGUGUUUCAGGUUUGAGUUGGUUCAAUUUGGUUCCUUUAUCCCCCACUUGCAUGUGUUGUUGAUUUUUUUUUUUUCUUUUUUUCAAUCCAACAUGCUUGAGGAAUCGGACUUCCAUGUAUCAUUUGCAAAGAUCUGUUAAUAUGGUGCUCUUUUUUUCCGUUGAGUAAACAAUCUAUUGUGGCUGUAAUUGACUUCUUUGUGUAAUUCUCAUGUUUUCUGAAAACUAGUUUCUCAGUGGGUGUUGAGUUAAAAUUUUCAGAUUUUUUUAAAAUUGUUGUAUAGUCCCCCCCCCCCCCCCCCCAAAAGCCAAUUAUGUUGUUUGUAUUUGUGAUGCAAGCUCUUACCAUGACUCAUGAAUGAAGGCCUUGUGAAGUAAUUGAUUUCUCGCUCGUGCUCGCUGGUUUCUUAAUAAAGAACACAUUUUUAACA